AUGGCCGGAGGGAUCGACUUUUGCAAUAUCUGUACUCGCGUUCGGGGAGGUCGUUUUCCGACGGCCCUUCUUCGAACGCAGCGGGUGGGUUUCGUCUUCCUGCUCGACGAGACCCAGGACAUCAACAAUCAGCUGGGCACGAGGCUCCCAGCUGUCCCACGCCGGUGGAUAGCCACGCCAGCGGAAGAGGCAACUCGUCCGGACGCCAUUCACAUCGCGGUGGUUUACGAUACGCUUCACUAG